ACAAGCAAUACAAAAAAAAAAUCGCAAAACUCGGAUACAUAUUGCGGUGCAGCGGUAUUUGAUCGAACGUAAUUAUUAAAACUUAUCGCGCGUGUUUCGAGUGUUAAAUAUAUUAUUAUCUUGAAGAACAAGAGAAUUUACAACGCUUGAUCGCUACGAUCGCAUACAAUCAUGGAUACAAACGAACAAGAAAACGAUUCUGUAACCUCUUCCGAAAAAGUUUCAGUGAGUAACGAGAACACUGACGAAAGUUGUGACAAAGUGAUUUCCAAAUGCGAUGAUCAAACCACUGGUAAAGCUGAAAGUACAUCCGAGUCUUCGGAAAACAAGACAGACGAUACUCCCAAGGAAUUGGAAUUUAAAAAGCCGCUUCUGAUCGGAAAACGGGGGAAGAUAGGAAAACUUCGAACAUUGAACAAUAAUGUAGCUCCACCAACCGAAACGUUGUCUGCAAAUAAAGAAGCGACCGAGACCAACUUGGAAAACGAUGCUACAGAUAAUAACGCUGAUGAAUCGACAUCGGAAAAAAGCCCCACGGAAGAGAAUCUUUUGCUUGACGCAAAAAAGAUUCCCGUACCUUAUUCGGAGCCAAACUGGGGCGGAAAACCGACAGAAGAAUAUUCAUUUGAAAUUCUUAAAUCCGGAGUGAUAUUGGAGAAGAUUGAUUUAACGGAGAAAAGCUUUCAUGUGGUAGGAAGAUCACCUUUGUGCAAUCUGUCACUUGGACAUCCAACCAUAUCAAGACACCAUGCUGUUAUUCAAUACAGAGCAGUGGAAGAUGAAAAACAUUCCAAAGGAUUUUAUUUGUACGAUCUAGGAAGCACACAUGGGACAUUUUGGAACGGACAUCGUAUAAAAGCAAGAACCUAUGUUCCGUUGCAUGGCGGUCAUAUGAUUAAAUUUGGUUGUAGUCAGAGGAAAUACAUCUUACAAGCUCCUUCACAUGAUGUGGAAGAGGAAUCUGAAUUGUCUGUCACCCAGCUGAAGGAAAAACGAAUGCGAGAAUUGCAAGAACAAGAAAUCAAAAGACUAGAGCAAGAAGAAGCUGAAGAGAGAGCAAGACAGGCAGCAGAAAAUGAAGGCAUUGAUUGGGGAAUGGGAGAAGAUGCCGAUGAGGAAACAGAUCUGACAGAAAAUCCUUAUGCUGUGGCAGAUGAGGAACUGUAUUUAGAUGAUCCUAAGAAAACAUUGAGAGGCUGGUUUGAGAGAGAAGGAUAUGAUUUGCAAUAUCAAGUGGAAGAAAGAGGCAUAGGUCAAUUUUUGUGUUGGAUAAAUUUACCCAAAGAAUGUUUUGGUGGUCGUUUUGUAAAAGCAGAAGCUCUUGUAAAAGGAAAGAAGAAAGAAUCUGUUGUUCAAUGUGCUUUAGAAGCCUGCAGAAUUCUAGACAGACACGGAUUACUAAGACAAGCUAAUCAUGAGAGCAGAAGAAAAAAAGAAAGAAAUUGGGAGGAGGAAGAUUAUUAUGAUUCAGAUGAAGAUAAUUUCCUGGACAGAACGGGAACAAUAGAGAGGAAACGUGAACAGAGAAUGAAACUAGCUGGAAAAUUAGAGGACAAAGUCGAGACAUAUAGUUCACUGAUUGAAAAACAUAACAAUAUUGUAAAUAAAAUUUCGCAAUUAAAUAAACGCUUAAAAGAAGCACAGGGAAUCAAUACUAAGACAAAAGAAUCUAGUGAGGACUCACUGGAUGCUUUCAUGUCCAGUCUGAAUACGUGUACUUUAAGUAAAAGCGAUAUAACGAAAAUGAAAGUAGAACUACAGAAUCUGCGUAAGGAAGAAAUGAAUCUAAUCAAGUUGAUAAAUCUUACAAAACCGGCCGACUUGCCUCCUCUUGUUAGCAAAGUACAAGCGGAAAGUAAAAACGAUUCGCAACAAGAAGCGAAACCUACGAGAAAAAUUUCCCAACUUGAGAAAAGGAGGAAACUUUUUGAAGCGAAGAACAUUUCUGAGAGGAUACAGUCGUCAAAUAGUAAUAAUGAGAAAGAAGAAGAGGAGGAAGAUGAUAAUGAAGAAGAAGAAACAGACAAAAAAGAAGAAAUUACCGUAAACCAAAAGCAAACAGAUGUCGAUGUACAUAAAUCCGAAGACGAGGAUUCUACAUCACAUAAUGAAACAACGGAGUUGAAAGACAGCACGAAAACCAACGAUAGACUGGAAUCUGUUUCUCAAGAUACGAACACAAGUAAACAGGAAAAUGAAAUUGCAAAUGAUAAAAAACGGAGAAAGGAUAGAAAAUUUGAGAAGUCGAAGAGUGCAAAGAAACAAUACGACCAAGAUGUUUAUUCGGCAGAUUAUUCAACGUGGGUGCCGCCGCAAGAUCAAUCCGGAGAUGGAAGAACAAGUCUUAACGAAAAAUACGGAUACUGAAGCGAAAUUAACUUGUACACAUAUGUAUAUGUACGAAAAAACCAUUUGUAAAUAUUGUUAAUGAAA